GGCACCAGCAGCGAUAGGCGGCUGGGCGAUAACAAAGGGUGGUGAAAAUGGAGCUACUUUAUGGCGCAAAUUUGUAAAUUUAACUACAUAAAUGGGCUCACGGCAACUGCACUUUGCCGUAUUUGGGUCAUGCGGCUUCGAGUCGGACACGUUGGUGGAGAUUUCCGGCACCGGGAACAGUGGCAAAAGCCUGGUGCUCCAACAGUUGGUGGCCCAUUGCUUGGCGCCCUACAACUUUGGUGGUCGCCAGUGGAACGUCCUGCUGAUCAAUCUGAGUCACAAAAUCAACCGGGAAUCUCUCGUCAAGAGCAUUAAAAUGGAACUGCAGGCGUACUCUCUUGGGGAAGAGGUAGCCCAGAAUUGCUCCACGGAGGAGCAGCUGGCCGAGAUUGCCGCCGAGUGUGUGGGUCGCGUGCGAUUCCUCAACUGUUUCUCCAAUGAUGAUGUUUCCACUUCGUUAAUCGACGCCCGCUAUGCGAUCAUCAAUGAUCCUGGCAUACAACUGGUGGCCAUGGACACACUCAGCGAAUUCUACUGGCUGGACGACCUUAAGUUAAGCAAGAGAAUGUCCAUGUAUCGCCACUAUCGAUUGCUCCUGGCGCGCCUGGAAAAGCUCUGCAAAGACGCUAUCGUCUGCGGAAUGUACACGGUGGAGUCUGUGUUCCUGGAUAACCGCUUUGGCGAUAACCUGCCCGAGACUUGCAUAAAGUACCAUGUCAGGAUGCAGAAGAUUCAAGGCCAGAUCCUCUUGAAUGGACUGCCGCUGUCCUUUAGCAAUGGUCUUCAUUUAGAUACAAAAACAGCUGAACAGGAAAUUACAUAGGAAUUAUUUAGUUAGGAGACCUUAACACUUGGUUAAAAUAAUAUUACUCAUUUUCUGCAAAAUAAUCCUAAGAACUGAUAGAAGUAAAAGAAAGUACAUAGAAUAUACAAGUUAAAAAAAUUGUAUAUAGAAAUUGUAUGUAAAAAUUUACUAUAAAAUUAGGUUUCUUUUAGAGUUUAGAAAUGGAAUUUGUUAUUGUGUCUGUUUUAGAAAAUUUCAAGAAAAGGAGAUGAGUAAGAAAUCUGUGCAACUAUUUAGGCUAACAAAUGGGAGACCCCAAUUUAUGAUGUGAUCAAUAUAAGUUAUAACCCCAAUAUUAUUUAGAUAGUUACAUAAUUUAAUAUACAUAACUAGUUCAAACAAAGAAAAAAUCGCCCAUUAAAGCUAGAAGGAAAUGAUAUAGACAAGGUCGCUUUUA